CAAGUUUAUUACAAAUUAAAAUGGCUGAAGAUGAUGUUGCUGCUCUUGUUAUCGACAACGGAUCCGGUAUGUGCAAAGCCGGUUUUGCUGGAGACGAUGCUCCCAGAGCCGUCUUUCCAUCAAUUGUUGGUCGUCCCAGACAUCAGGGCGUGAUGGUUGGAAUGGGUCAGAAAGAUAGCUAUGUUGGUGAUGAAGCUCAGAGUAAGAGAGGAAUCUUAACGCUCAAAUAUCCCAUCGAGCAUGGAAUCGUUACCAACUGGGAUGAUAUGGAAAAGAUUUGGCAUCACACCUUUUACAACGAACUACGUGUUGCUCCUGAAGAGCAUCCAAUACUGCUUACAGAAGCUCCAUUGAACCCAAAAGCAAACAGAGAAAAAAUGACUCAGAUCAUGUUUGAAACUUUCAAUUCUCCUGCAAUGUACGUUUCAAUUCAAGCCAUACUUUCUUUAUAUGCUUCUGGAAGAACCACUGGUAUUGUGCUCGACUCUGGAGAUGGUGUCACUCACACAGUACCAAUCUAUGAGGGAUAUGCUCUUCCUCAUGCCAUUCUCCGUUUAGAUUUGGCGGGCAGAGACCUGACCGAUCACCUCAUGAAGAUCCUCACAGAACGUGGUUACUCACUCACCACUACAGCCGAAAGGGAAAUUGUUCGUGAUAUCAAAGAAAAACUUUGCUACGUCGCUCUUGAUUUUGAACAGGAGAUGGCCACUUCUGUUUCUUCGUCUUCUAUUGAAAAAAGUUAUGAAAUGCCCGAUGGUCAAGUUAUCACAAUUGGGAACGAACGUUUUCGAUGUCCAGAAGCACUCUUCCAGCCAAAUGUUAUAGGUUUAGAAGCAUGUGGCAUUCAUGAAACAACAUACAACAGUAUCAUGAAAUGUGAUGUCGAUAUCCGUAAAGACUUGUACGCCAACACUGUGCUGUCCGGAGGAUCCACAAUGUUCCCGGGCAUUGCCGAUAGAAUGCAGAAGGAGAUCACUUCUUUGGCCCCAGCGACGAUGAAAAUCAAAACUAUUGCUCCCCCAGAGCGUAAAUAUUCAGUGUGGAUUGGAGGUUCAAUUGUUGCAUCUCUGUCCACCUUCCAGCAAAUGUGGAUCAGCAAGCAGGAGUAUGAUGAAUCUGGACCAUCAAUUGUUCACAGGAAAUGCUUUUAAAUGGUACAUUUGUUACUUUUGAAAAAACUCUUGUUCUGCUCAAUUGUAGUCGGUUUAAACAAAUGUAUUUUGUUAAUAUCUAAUGAGCGAGCUUCAUUUUCUAAUAAAUAUCUACAUCCUAAAAAUUGUUUUUUAAAUAAAAUUUUAUUAAGUUAAACUACUUAGUAAAAAAGUUUAA